AUGGCUGACGAUUUUAUACCUCUAAAUCAAAGCACGCCUGUCCAGGAUAGGUGGAAUGGGCGAAACCAUAAUGGUUACAACAAGACUGUGCAUCAGCAAAAUAAUAAUUACAGACGUAACAGUAAUCAAAAAUGGAUGAAUAACUCACACAGAAGCAGUAGUUUUGGGAGUGAAAGUAAUAGCAGCUAUACAAGAGACACUAAAAUAAGUAUAGAUGCCUACCUCCACCCGUCAAUGUUACAAGAUCCUUGGGCACAUCUUCGAAGAAAUAAUUAA